AGGCUUUCCAUAGUUGGACAAAUUGCUACAUAUAGAAUCUUCUGCAAUCUCCCCUCCUAUAUUUCUUGCCUUAGUUUCUUCGCCGUGUUUCUUAUUGUUUAUAAGCCAUUGGUUUUUUUGAAUGAAGCUACGAAUUCUGGGUUUAUCGUUCUUUCUCCUUUUAUUUUCCGGGUAAAGAAAGUGAAAACAAACAGAUGGGUAGAGGGAAAAUCGAGAUAAAAAAGAUUGAGAAUUUGAAUAGCAGGCAGGUAACGUUUUCCAAGAGGCGAAAUGGGUUGUUGAAGAAGGCUAAAGAAUUGUCCAUUCUGUGUGAUGCAGAGGUUGGUGUUGUGAUUUUCUCCAGCACUGGCAAGGUCUAUCAAUGGUCCAGCACCAGCAUGGAACACACUCUUUCAAGAUACAACAGAGGCAUGGAGGAUGAUCAUCAUUCUCAAGAGCAUCCUUCUGGUGAACAACAGGCAGAGAAGUGUCAAGCAAUUGAUGUGAACACCAUGAAAGAGGAGUACUUGAGGCUACAUACAGAAUACAUGCAGCUUAAUGGCAAGGAAUUGGAUGGUCUGAGUCUCAAAGAACUAAAACACCUGGAAAAUCAAUUAUGUGAAGGAAUAUCGUCAGUUAAGCAACAAAAGGAGCAAAUUCUACUGGAGCAGCUUAAAACAUCUAGAUUACAGGAACAGAAAGCUAUUAUGGAGAAUGAAGCACUACGUAAACAGGUUGAAGAAUUGAGAGAGAAAAGAAGCUCAAAUUUACUAGAACUGAAUCCUCUGCUGGAAAGAAGACUUGAUUCCCCCAAUGGUUCAAAGGAUGAUGAUCAUAACUUUGCUUCAGAUGAUGAUGACACUUCCUUGCACUUGGGGUUAUUAUCGCGAAAGAGAAAAGCUGCAAAGAUUGAACCCAUCAUGACCAAUGAUUCAGGGAGUCAAGUGGCUUCCGAGUGAAUUUUUUUUUUUUUAAUUUGUUUCAAAAUUAAUUGGCAGGUUUAGUCCUUUUGCUGAUGCCAAUAUUCUUAUAGUUUCAGCUUCUUUUUCAGGCAGUUGAAUUCAUAUUGG